UUACUGAUAAGUCAAGUGUGCUGUCCUGUUCUUCCUUCCCCACCCGAUCGCCAGUUGUUCUGCCGUAGCUCUCUUGCUGUUGCAUCGAGUGGUAGCUCUCUCGCUCCCCCACCUGCGCCAAACCUAGGGUUUCCUCUCCUUCGCUCUUCACUUCUCUUCUCCGAGGUCCGCCUUCAGAUUCUUUCUAACCCCUUCUAUACCCGGCUUUGCUUCGUAGGCCACUCAAGAACCAGGUGUUCUCGAGGAGGUCGGCGAGAAAUGUCUUCUUCCACAAGGGGCCUGGAGCAGAAUUCGGGGAACCUCGGGGAGUCGAUCUUUGAUAGUGAGGUAGUGCCGUCGUCCCUCAUCGAGAUCGCGCCCAUCCUCCGUGUGGCCAACGAGGUCGAACCGAUCAACCCUCGAGUCGCUUACCUUUGCCGUUUCUAUGCAUUUGAAAAAGCUCACCGGUUGGAUCCGACUUCGAGUGGGCAUGGUGCUCAUCAAUUUAAAACUGCACUUUUGCAGAGGCUGGAAAGGGAAAAUGAUCCAACUUUGAAGGGAAGAGUCAAACAAAGUGAUGCUCGAGAAAUGCAGAGCUUCUAUCAGCAUUACUACAAAAAGUAUAUCCAAGCACUUGAAAAUGCUGCUGACAAGGCUGAUCGUGCUCAACUUACCAAAGCGUGUCAAACCGCCGCUGUGUUGUUUGAGGUUUUAAAAGCUGUCAAUCUGACACAAUCUCUUGAUGUUGAUCAGGAGAUCCUGGAGGCGCACAAUAAAGUCGUGGAAAAGAUGCUCUAGCAUGGGGAACUGGUUGCCGCACACUCUACAUUAAUUUUGUUUCAAAAUACACUGUUGUUCUUCUUCAUAGUAUUGUUUUGGUUUAGCUAUGUAUUAUCUAUUGUAUCUUUCAAAUAUUUAUACAUUUUGGCUUUUAAUAUUUAAGCGAUAACUCUUUUUUUUUCAAAAAAAAAAAUGAGGAAAAGACACAGAUUUUUGUUC